AUGUAUGCGCAAAUUGGCGCGAUCGACAGUAACUCGCACUGUGUGCACUUGUUUCUCGGGCCGGCGUGCGAUUAUUGCGUCGCGGCCGUUGGCAGAGUCGUGAAAUAUUUCGGGACACCGUUGAUUACCACGGGAGGCUUCACGUUCGAUUUCACCCAGAAGAAAGCCGAGUGCAAGGAUGAGUACUUCAUGACUACGAGGAUCGGAAAUUUGGCCUUCAGGGAUAUGGCCAAAUUUUUUAUAGCUAUAAUGAAUCGCUACAAAUGGCGUAAAGUGCAUCUGGUUUAUGCGACCAACGGGCAAAGUCAAGUCGCCGGUCGACACACCUGCCAGCUCAUGAUGAAAUCGAUGGUGGAAUUCAUCAAAAAGGAGCAGGAUAUUACUUACGGCACUUUCGACGUCGAAAGUACGACCCAUAAGGAUUACCCGGAGGCGCUCAAGGAACACGUCGGCAGUUCGUACGGCGUCGUGGUGAUGUGUGCUAAUUCAACGACCAUCCGGGAAAUAUUGCUGGCUGCCGAGGAGCUCGGAAUGGUGGACUCGGGGGAGUACGUGUUCUUCUCCAUAGAGCUCUCCUCCAGCGACAACAAUUCCAAGGAGCCAUGGAGGGUCGAAGACGACACCGACGAGAGAAACGAGAAAGCCCGAAAAGCUUACCAGGCCUUGCUCACGGUGACGGCGCGCACGCCCGACAACCUGGAGUACCUCAACUUCUCGCGCGAGGUUAAAUCCUUGGCGCAAAGCAAAUACAACUUCACCUUCGGCAACAGCUCGGUCUCCACCUUCGUGACGGCGUUUUACGACGCCGUGCUGCUUUAUGCCCUCGCCCUUAAGGAGAGCCUGCCGAAGAAGCCGGGUGAGGUCAACCUAGACGGCGGUAAUCUGACCCGGAGAAUGUGGGGAAAGAGUUUCAAGGGAAUAACCGGAGACGUGAAUAUCGACGAGAACGGCGACAGAAUUGCGGAUUACUCUCUGUUGGAUAUGGACCCGGAAACUUCGAAAUUCGAGAUCGUGGCCAAUUAUUACGGCGCGAAUAAAACACUGGAGUAUAUCCCUGGGAAGCAAAUUCACUGGGCCGGUGGUCGUUUAGAACCGCCUCCGGAUACGCCUACUUGUGGAUUCGACGGCUCGUUAUGUCCUGAUAAUUCUCUUCCGGGGUACGCUAUUCUCUCCAUCGUAUUGAUGAGCUCCAUCGUGGUCGUUUUCAUCGUCGGCUCGGUAUUCGUUUAUCGGCGCUUCAGAUUGGAAGCUGAAAUUGCCUCUAUGACGUGGAAGGUGCAUUGGGACGACGUGAUGGUAUUGUCGAACGUGAAAACAAGGGGCUCUAUGUACUCGCUGAUCGCUAAUAAGUUUCGCGGCAGCCAACUGACGAUAUACUCCGAGGAUAACAUGAGCAUGCCAGACGGCGUUGACAAACAUAACGUGUAUGUGCCGACAGGUUUAUACAAGAAUUCGAAAGUGGCGAUAAAAGAGCUACCGCGGAACAAGGUGGAGAUCUCGAGGCCUCUGCUGCUGGAAUUAAAGCGGAUGAAGGACCUCCAACACGAUCAUCUAGUACGAUUUUACGGUGCUUGCCUUGAGCCGCCAGUCUGUUGCCUACUGACCGAAUACUGCCCCAAAGGAUCCCUUCAGGAUAUACUAGAGAACGACCAGAUAAAGCUCGAUCACGUGUUCAAAAGAUCCCUGAUACACGAUAUCGUCCGCGGCAUGGCUUAUCUUCAUACGUCGGAGGUGAAGAGCCACGGUAAUCUCAAGUCCUCGAACUGCGUCGUCGAUUCGCGAUUCGUCCUGAAAAUCGCCGACUUUGGUUUGCAUGAGCUCCGGAGAUCGAGCGCGACGGAGACGGACAUGGACAAGAAUAGCUACGCCUACUGGAGAAAACAGCUGUGGACAGCUCCGGAGUUGCUGAGGAUGGAGAGACGACCGCCCGAGGGCACUCAGAAAGGCGACGUGUACAGCUUCGCUAUAAUCGUGCACGAGAUCGUGAUGCGCCAAGGUCCGUUCUAUCUGGGGGACAAUAACGACCUCUCUCCUAAGGAAAUAGUCGAGGGCGUCAGAAGAGGCGGCGGCUCACCCCUCAGGCCUGUAAUCGACGAGGCUACCGUGGUGGAAGAAGAGGUCGCCACUCUAAUGAGACGAUGCUGGGCGCAAGAUUCCGCGGACAGACCGGAUUUUCCGGCGCUGAAGCAGACCAUCCGUAAACUCAAUAAGGACGCGAGCAGCAACAUUCUGGACAAUUUGCUGUCCCGCAUGGAGCAGUACGCCACGAAUUUAGAAACGCUGGUGGAAGAACGCACGGCGGACUACCUCGAGGAGAAACGUAAAUGCGAGGAGCUCCUCUACCAGUUGCUGCCGAAAUCAGUGGCGUCCCAGCUGAUCCUCGGACAAAGUGUGAUCGCCGAGACGUACGACCAGGUGACAAUCUACUUCAGCGACAUCGUCGGUUUCACCAGCCUGUCGGCCCAGAGCACGCCGCUGCAGGUGGUCGAUCUGCUCAACGAUCUCUACACGUGCUUCGACUCCAUCAUCGAGAACUUCGACGUUUACAAGGUGGAAACGAUAGGGGAUGCCUACAUGGUCGUGUCGGGAUUACCAGUGAGGAACGGCAUGAAUCACGCCAGAGAGAUUGCGAGGAUGAGUUUAGCUCUCAGGGAUACGGUAAUGACGUUCAGCAUUCGACACAGACCGAAGGAACAAUUGAAGCUUCGGAUUGGCAUGCACACCGCUUUAAUGAUCCACGUCAGCCCGAAGACGAAGGAGAUCUUGGACACUUUCGGCACGUUCGAUCUCGUGUGCAGGGGAGAGGUCACACUGAAGGGCAAAGGCACCAUGACCACUUACUGGCUGAUGGGCGAGAAGCCGAUCAACAACAACGUGCAGCAAACGAAUCCCACGACGACGAUCGGUCAGAUAUCGUCCCCGCAGGACCAGCUCGCCGUCGGCACGCAGGUCCCGACGACGCAGGUACCGGCGAAGCAACAAGAGCAACGGGUUCCCACCGCUGUCCAGCAGCACAAACAUCAGGGUCACUCGGACCUUGAAGUCUCCGGCGGCUGGCCAGACGCCCAAUCGAUCCAAUCGAGGAAUCAGGAGCCACGACCGGGUCAGCAGAGGCCGCAGGAACCGCAGCAGCCGGGUUUAACGACGCAACCGCGAAGUCAAGCGGCCAAUCGCCGCUCCGAGUCGCCGGUCCCGAGCCAGAUCCAGCAGCAGAAAGCCGCGGCUAAUCCCGCCUGCGGUCUAUCCGUGACCGGGAACGGAGCACCCAAGUCCGUGUCGUCCCGCGGCGUGGUCGCGACCCCGAUCGGCAACUCGUCGCCGUCCCGCAGCAGCGCGAACAAUCCCAUGCACCAGGUCUACCCCGCGGCCGAGAGCAUGCCCAAUCACACCGAGAGCGGCCCCAACGCGCCGCUUCUUCUGCCCGCUGGCGCGGUGCCCAGAGUUUAGCUCUCUUAAAGCGUCCGUCUGCCAGCCGAGUCCGCCUUGCCAGUUGCCGAAGGAUGACCAUUUCGAGGAGCAGCGAUCGUCACUGAAGAGCCAGACUUGCUCGAGAUCGGGACGACGAGCUCGUGAAAUUUCGACUCCUCGCGUCCCGGCAGGUAUCGCCGAGGCGAGCUCACGAACACAUCGCGACAGAGCCCCGUUUGCUCGACUUGUGACCACCGACGGAAGGAAACUCAGACGCUGGUUCAAGUAACCAACCGAUCGUCUCUGUCGCUUUCUAGGGAGUUACCUUCGUUAAAUUAGGGAGUCGAUCGGCCGGUGGAGAGGUAUGUUUCGAGUUACGCGCAAGACCGACUGAAUAUACCCUACUGAAACAGUAUUCGCAUCGUUAGUGGUAGCUGUUAGCUGGCAAGGCGCGACCUCGCGGAGCCGAGGACCGACCACAAGUUUGCUGAAAGUGAUCUCUUCCUACAAGGUAUUAUGGAACCAACGUCUACCGAUUAGGAUAAUUUAGGACAAUUUAGGAGCACCGCCGUACGAGCCCAUCGCGUCUCCCCAUCUCUUCANCCCCCCCCCGAUUUCCUCCCCCUCUCGCGAACGAGCGAGCGAUGAUCGCGCGAAACUUCGCUUUCUCCAUCACCCGCGUGGCGGGAAAUUGUUCUCGCUGGCGCAGCAAGUCGUUUCUUAUUACAGUGACAGCGAAAGAGAGCACUGAAACAUCCAUUUAGUCGACUCGAACGAAAUUCGAUCGGGAUAUGCUCUGGUAAAUCUUUCGGUUGUGAGAAGCAAAAUUCGGUUCUCUGAAGUUCCUUGGAAACUAAAACUUUUUUCAUCUUCGUUUCGGAGAUCGAAACCUUUGAUUCAGAGAAGCAAAUUUUGACUCUCACACACGGACAGAAAUAAUUUCGCUAUUGUAGCCAAACUUCGUAGCGAAUCGUUGCGAUCGCGAUAAAAAUCUAGUUAGGCACAAUCAGCAAUUAAUACUCCCGAUUGAAAGUCUUUCUGCCGUCGUUCUAGCAACAGACAAUUCGCUGCGCCAGCAAAUUUUCCCCCGUGUAAGAAUCCGUCGGUUCGUUUCCCUUCGAUAUCCUUCGCUCGAUAGUUGAAGCGGACCUCGUCGGUCGCGUGCCUUCUCUCUUUCUUUCUCCUUACGUACACGACCGACGACGCACUUUUGCCGAGAGUACUUAUCUCGUCUCCUGUAUAUGGACACAGUAUUAUACACCGGUCGCGUAUGCACUCUCGCGCGUUUUAUUUAUUCGAGCCGAAGCGGUCGUCGCGUCGCUCGUUUGUGCGCGCGCGCGCGGUUUCCGCGAGAUUCAUUCGCAGCGGUAUGUAAUCACGUAACGGGCUUAGCUUCGGCAAGUUUUCCGUGCUGUCCGCGGCCGAUACCGGUCUCCGUUGAACGCCACGCGCCGAUUCGGUGGAAAUUCGCGAACGUAGGCGGAUCCGGCCUUCUUUUCUUUCCCCGAAGGAACUCGGAGAGUCCCAUCGACACGUUCUAUAAACUCCGGUUAGCUGAGCGACAUUUCCUCCCUCCCUCCCUCCGUGUCGCGUCACCGAGACCACCGCUUAGAGAAAUAAGACGAAAUGGUAUGCCGAAGGUAGAGCUUAUAUCGACGUUAAUGAAGUCGACCGUGAUAAAACGACUCGCGUGUGCGUGACCGUGAAAAUACGCAAAAAGCCAAUUUCCUCGGCCAAUUGCGUUAUACCUCUUUUACACGGAGAUGUGGAGCGCAAUCUUCUCUAGCGUAUCUUCCGCCAAAAAAUAUGUCCGCUCGUCUCUCUCUCCGCUUACCGUCUCCUCCCUACUUUCGCCUGCGAUCGCGAAUCACGAAUACACACGAGCUGUAGGUCGGCCACAAUGUUUCUCGUUGCACGCCCAAACAUGACAAAUGUUAUCGGUCGCGAUACGCGCGUGCUCGCGCGACACGGAAUUACGUACCUACACACACACACACACACAUACGUAAGGUG